AUGUUAUUUGUUAAAAAUCUAAAUAAUUUAUCUCAAGAUAGUUGGGGUAAGUCGACAUUCACCUACAACAUAUUCUCAUAUCCUUCAAAAACCACCCUGUCUAGAGAUAAAGUCGACAGCAUCAUUGCUAAAGCCUUCAAAAUUUGGAUGACAGCUGAUCCCAAAAUAAAAGUUACAAAAACUAACUCCAAAAAAUGCGACAUUCGAAUCAAUUUUUUUGCAAAAGACCAUAGGGAUGGCUACCCAUUCGACCACAAACGCAGAAAUGUUUUGGCUCAUAGUUUCUACCCUAGCACUGGCGUGUUAGAUUUCGAUGACUAUGAACUAUGGGGAGACGGUUCAGGAAAAACGAAGAAUCUUCUGCACACGGCCACUCACGAAAUCGGACAUGUUUUUGGCUUGAAACAUUCAGACGUUAAAACUGCCAUCAUGUACAAGGAAUAUCCUUUCGGCAAUCCACCUGUUGUUCUGGAUCCAGAUGAUAUCAAGGGCAUCAAUUUCCUCUACUGA